AUGCUUAAAGAAAAAUUAGAACUUUUAAACAAAGAAUUCGCCCUUUUAAAAACCAAAAUCACCACCAAAUUAGCCAGCAAAGACCAAGCCUUACAGCAAACUAACUCUUUAUUAGCUGAAGCUCACCAAAAAGCCGAAACCCUCACUAAGGAAAACCAAGAAAAUGAAAAGCCUAAUAUGCUCCACCAACAAGUAUUAACGGCCUGGAAUGACCUCAAAACCAAGUUCUUCCGUCACUCAUUAGCACCGGAAGAUAAAGCCAAUUGA